CCCUCGCGUUGGCGCCGCGGUGCCGCGCACCCGUGUUGUUCUUUAAACCGCUCGUUGCGGCCGUGUCCUGAACCCUGAAGAACGUUAAUGCGGUUCGUUGAGCGAUGCAGAACCAGAAAGCAGGAGCUCUAGCAGAAAUCUUCACGAGCCCCAGCGAUGAAGAGGAUUUCAUCGGUUUCGGGGUUGCGCCCUCACUGAACCCGUCGGCGGACGGCGGGGACUGCUGGCGCACGGCGCAGUCGGGAAAACCGGGCCUGUGUUUCCAGUCCAGGUUCAUCACGGAUGAGCUGGUGCGCAUCUUCUCCGAGGAGACGGACAGCGAGGAGGAGGAGUUUGAGGGGUUCGGCUGGGACGGGAGCCCUCGCCUCAGCAGCUGGAUGACGGCCAUGCCCGAGACGGAGGAGGGCAGCGACGAGGACACCGGGUUCUACUCCGAAGGGGAGUCCAAGGUCCCAGCGAGGAGGAGGAGUUCGGGUCUCUGCGUGGCCUUCAGGUUCCCCUCGAAAAAGGGCCUGGGAAACAGGGAGCGGAGGCCCUUGGGAAAGUGGGCGGAGACAAAUCUGGAUGGGGCUGGCAGGCGGUCCAAGGGGCGGGACGGGUCGAUGACGCCACCUUCUCGAUGGAGUCCCGGGCUGGAGCCCAACGAGGAGACCGAGGAGCUGAGAGCUCAGGCCGAGCGAGCCAGGAACAUCGAGGAGAACAAGGCAAUGCUUGCAAAACUGUUUGCGGACCUGAACUCGAUGCCGGAGCUUUUGCCCAUGAAGACAUCGAGGAAGAAGAGGAGGAUCUCCCGAAAGGAGCGUCUCUCCAAGGGCGUGGGUGAACGUCGAAACCCGAUGCGCAGCGCGAGACCUCCGGAGCGUUUCGCAGUCGAGGAGCCGCCGAUCAAGGAGCUCAACAGCUACCAGAGGGUGAACGUGCAGAAACUGCUGGAGGUGAACGAGGGUGGCUGCAAGAGGAAGUCGUACAGAGCCAAGAGGAAGCAGAAGACGUCCCGCCUGGCGGAGGACAUCACCGAGGAGGAGCUGGAGAACGUGGCGCUUGCGUCGAAGGACAAGAUCCACGACAAACAGAACGGAUCGACGUGCCACCAGUGCAGGCAGAAGACCCUGGACACGAAGACCGUGUGCAGGAACCCUUCCUGCGGGGGCGUCGGGGGCCAGUUCUGCGGGCCCUGCCUCCGUAACCGCUACGGGGAGGACGUCCGCACGGCCCUGCUGGACCCGGGCUGGCAGUGUCCGCGGUGCCGCGGCAUCUGCAACUGCAGCCUGUGCCGCAGGCAGGACGGCCGAUGCGCCACCGGCGCCCUCGUCGGCUUGGCCAGGUUCUACGGCCACAACAACGUUCGGGAGUACCUGGACAGCCUGCAGAGGGAGCUGUCGUGAGAGGAGCGUUGGCCGACGCACCGCCUGGUUUUUGGGUCCAAGCCCGGGGGCCUUUGUGGCGCGGAGCUCACGAGUCAGUACUGCAAGGGGACGCCACUUACGCCGCUUUCUUUCUAGUGUUAGCUCUAGGUUACGUUUCGAGAAUUCCUCGGGAUGCAAUAGAACGGCAUCAAAGUUGCACACUUACAACAUUGGUGUUAAUAUUGAAAUGGAACAUUAUGCAAAAGAAACAGACUUGUUUUAUAAUGUUACGGUAACACAGUGUUAUAUAAAGGAAACAUCUGGUUGCCACCUUGGCAACAAAAUUCUGUUUUGUUCUUUUGAGUUGAAUAAAAAAAAAAAACUGUG